AUGGCCGCCGCACAAGCCUUGUUCGACCCGGCCCUUAUCUCGGCCGAAGCGAAAGCUGCGUUCCCGGGAUCCUACGUCGUCCGUCCGUUGCAGCGGGAUGACUACAGAAAAGGUUUCUUCGACUGCCUGAGUGUGCUGACGCACGUUGGCGACAUCAGCGAGGACCGAUUUCUAGAGCGCUUCGACUGGAUGGCGACACAAGGAAAAGGGGUCCACUAUUUCCUGGUUAUCGAGCACGAUAACCGAAUAGUGGGGACAGGAACCCUGAUUGUGGAAAGGAAAUUCAUCCAUAACCUCGGCACGGUUGCCCACGUCGAAGAGGUUUCCAUCCACAGAGAGUACCAGUCCAAUGGCCUCGGUUUCAAGCUAAUCAGAGCGCUCUCAUCGGUGGCAAAGAAUGUGGGCUGCUAUAAGUCCAAGCUGGGUUGUAGCGAGGCCAAUGAGGCGUUUUACGUCAAGUGUGGAUAUGAUAAGGGCGGAAGAGUAAUGUCGGAGUCGUACGAAGGUCCCAUGCCGGCAUACGAGAGAGGCUGA